GGUGUCCUGCUUGUCAAUAAACAAGACAUUUAAAGUGUGAUCUGUCACGAAAGGGAAACUAACUGGAGACCCUGGGGCUUUCGUUAAAAGGAGUGUAUGGCAAUGCAGAGAGAUGCCACAUGUCUCUAAAAGGAACCUCAACCCCCAUGCUAUUGGAGAAGAUGUCGUCUCCUUGAUGUCCAUCAGGAAUGGAAGACCUGAGCCGAACAUCAUGGAGAUGCUUCCAACAGAGAUGACUGUAAGGAUCUUCAGUGAGCUGGAUGUGAGGAGCCUGUGUCGUGCCUCAGUCACCUGCAAGCGCUGGAACGUGAUCAUCGAGAGCAGCGAUAACCUGUGGAGGAGCCACUGUCUGAGCGGGCUGGCUGUCUGCCGCAGGGAGGUGGACGGGGACCGGAGUGACGGAUUGUCCUGGAAGGUGACUCUGGUGCGUAAUUACCAGAAGAGCCGUGUGAAAAGAAGGUGGUUGAAUGGCAAGUACAGCAAUAUCUGCUGUGCUGAAGAUCUGCCCCUGAAUAGCAUGUGCCCUCUGGACGUGGAGACCUGGGGGGAAAUCCUGGAGGCAGAGCUCGACCGAUAAACAACUCAGACUUUUACAAUGAAGAUGAAACGAUGGACGGACUAUCUGCUGAGCACAAACUUGUCUGAAGCACUUGCUUUUACUCUUAACAUAAUGAUUUUGUAUAUAUAUAUAUAUAUAUAUAUAUAUAUAUAUAUAUAUAUAUAUAUAUAUAUAUAAAAAUCUCCUUCUCACCCCCGGCGGGGGGGGGGUAUCCAUGUCAUCCUCAAGCUCGGGUCCUCUACCAGAGGCCUGGGAGUUUGAGGGUUCUGCGCAGUAUCUUCGAUGUUCCUAGGACUGCGCUCUUCUGGACUGAGGCUUCAGAUGUUGUUCCUGGGAUUUGCUGGAGCCACUCUCCCAGUUUGGGGGUUACUGCCCCAAGUGCCCCCACUACCACGGGGACCACGCAACCCUUGACCUUCCACAUCAUAUAUAUAUAUAUAUAUAUAUAUAUAUAUAUAUAUAUAUAUAUAUAUUAGUGCUGUCAAAAAUGUCGUGUUAUUAACGCGUUAACUUGACUCAAUUUUAACGGCGAUAAUUUUUUUAUCGUGCGAUUAACGCUCUGUGACAUGAUGUAGGUUUUUCAUAAGCUUUUGAAACUGCCAGGAACUUGGAACAGAAAACCGAUAGCAGCUAGACUGUAAUGCCCCGCACAGCCAGAGUCCUUUGCCCCCCCCAAAGAACCAGCGCGGGCAGGGCGCGCUAGUAGAGAUGGGAUUUAUGGCUCUUUGAUGGGAUCCGCAUCUUUGUGAUCCGUUCUUUGAAAAGAGCCGUUCAAAAGACUGGCUCAUUUGGCUCUUUUUAAAUAUUUAUUCAGUUUUAAGAAGACAGCGUCUAAAGAAGCCAGAUCCCUCUGAACUGUAAACUCAAUGCUAUCCCAGAAAUCCUUCCUGUAAUAUGCAAAUUUGGCCGCCUCUGAUUGGACAGCGCGACGCAUCAACAGGCAGAAAGUGUAAAAGUACAAAAUGUUAAGUGAGCUGAAACAGUAAAGAUCAGAUUCAAUGCAAUAUUUAUCAACGAACAACUUAAAGUUAAUAUAAUAGUGUACUUUAUAUUAUAAUCAAGCAUGUCAAGCCUACCGUCACUGUGAGUUGUAGACUAACUCAAGCAGUAGAUCACUUCACUCAUGGUUCUUUUGCUAGCACCGGUGCUCGGCUUAGGUUUCACGUUGCAGUGGCUGUGUCAAGACGUGUUAUGCUUUGCAAUAAAAAUAAAAUUGGUACAAAGCAAGCCCAUUCACUUUUUUAUGCUGAUAAGAGAAUUACAAUGGUUCUUCAUGUGACAAAAAUACAGUCGCGACAUUAAUCGCGAUUAAAUAUUUUAAUCGCUUGACAGCACUAAUA